UAAACAAAUUCAGUGCUGCAGGAUCCGCCUUCAGUGCUGCAGCCUUACCCGUGUCCAAUCACGACUCCUCCUCGGCUUCGUACCCGAAUCAAAUUCCCUUUCCUUGCCCUGCAGAAGCACCCAUAUAGCCCGCACCCCUAACCCGCCUUUAUCCAAGUUCCGAGACUUAUUAGCCGCCGCUGCCUUCUAAACUCGUCUUCCGUGACCCUCACGAUUCUGCCUGCCGGUGACAACCAGAUUUUACCUGCAGAAUAGCAACAGCAGGAAUACUGUCGGGAUGAGUUUGGAUGAGCGGUUUGCAAUAAUUAGGAGCAUAGGCUUGGAGAGCAUUGACGAGGAUGAUGUUAGGAGGCUACUCGGCAAGAAGGUUGCUCCAGUUUGCUAUGUUUGGUGCGAUCCCUCCCCUUCGGUACAUAUCGCACAGGGGAUCAUGAUGGUGAUCAAUGUUAGGAAGAUGGUUAAAGCUGGUUGCAGAGUUAAAAUCUUGAUAGCAGAUUGGUUUGCUCGUAUGCAGCACAAAUUCGAUGGUGAUCUAACCAAAAUUCGAACUUUUGGACUUUACAUGAUUGAGAUAUGGAAAUCAGCUGGCUUGGACCUUAACGGGGUCGAGUUCAUAUGGUUGUCCGAUGAAAUAAAUAGCCAUUCGAAUGAAUACUGGGCACUUGCCAUGGAUAUUUUCAAAAAUAAUACUUUGAGGAAGAUAGUAAGGUGCUGUGGAAUUGUGGAUCGAUUCAUGCUUAACAGAAGUAUUAUUGGUUCAUAUGACCCCAAAAAUGUGACGGCUUCAACGCUCUUUACCCCUUGCGUGCACUGUGCUUGUAUAUUAUUGCAAAAGGCAGACAUAUGGCUAUUGUCGAUGGAUCAUGAAGAGGAUCUUCACGACAAGCUAAUUAGACAGUACUGCAAAGGCAUGAAGCAUGAAACUAGACCUAUUAUUCUGUCACAUAAUAAGCUUCCCAAUUUAAUAGAACACCCUGAAUUUGCUAAGAAUGGAGAUCCAUCUUGGGCUAUCUUCAUUGAAGAUCGGGAGGAUUAUUUGAGUUACAAACUAAGCAGAGCUUUCUGUCCUGCGAAAGUUGCAGAAGGCAACCCAUGUCUGGAGUACAUCAAAUAUAUUGUGUUUCCAUGGUGUGGAUACUUUGAGGUACCCAGGAAGGAAGAGGACGGUGGUAGCAGGAAGUUUCAGAACAUGGAAGAGCUUAUCAUUGAUUAUGAAAGUGGUGCUCUGGAUGCCGCUGAGGUGAGGCUGGCCCUUGCAGAAGCACUAAAUAAGAUUCUGAAGCAAGACAUUUGGUGAACUAAUCUGUCACGUUGUCAAUGUUCAACUGGAUCUUGUUAUGUUACGCUCCUACCAAUGGGUUGUACAACCAUGAUGUCCACUGCACAUAUGUACAUUUCAGAACAUGCUGAAGAAAAUGUUACGUAUCUUAUGUGCGCCGAUAAAAUUGUGUGUUAAAAUGUGACCUCAUGCAUAUUGUACAGAUAGGCAAAAGAUAGCACCAUCUGUGUUAUGAUUACUAUGAGUAUAGAAUUUGAAUUGGAUAAAUAGUUUUAUCAAAUGGUUGUAGAUCCAGUGGCUAGAUAUGGUUUUCAUGUUUUGUGCA